UAAGUGGCGUUCUGUUGUUGUCAUGGCGGCGUUUCAAACUGCUGCCAAAAUGGGACUACAUUUCAAAAAGAUAAUAAUGAGAUUUAAGUAAAAUACCUUUAAGUUACAGUCUUUCUGAGCCCACGGUCGUUUUUAAUUCCUAUAAUUACAGAGAAAGGCAGUGAGAAAGGAAGUCAAAAUGGUCGAAUGGAUGUUUUUGAGAUUAACGUAAUCUGUGUAUAAGAACAGUAGCUUUGUAACACCAACAAUCUUCGGCGAGAUGUGUUUGUUUUCUGCAUUUCUUCGUCGUUUGACAUAACCUGGACGUAUUAUUUCUCGCUGUAAUGACCACACAGUUUUAACAAAGUGGUUCAAACACUGAAAGGUGUGUUUGGGGUUCAACCUGAAAGGAUCAACUCAACAGAGACUCUUCUGGCUUCAGCGGGAUGUCGCAAACAAGACUAUUGUUCAAUGAAGCAAAACCUGCAAGUGCUGGCAACCGUGCCACCCAUGUGCGCCCGCCAGCUCCCAUUGUAAUUGAAAGGCUGCAGCCACAGUCAGAGGUGCAGGAGAAGGUGGACAGCACCAGAAGUUCUAUUAGCUUCACAGCCCUCUCUGAGGAGAGACUGCAGGCUGCGGUCCAGCUGGCCAAGCGUGAUCUGAGACGACGGCGCCUUGAGUCACUCACAAAAUCCCCCCCUAAACCUUCUCAGGAGGCCUCUCUACUCGAGACCAGUGAUGCAGAGCUACUUCAGGAGCUUGCAGCCACUCCAACUAAGAGCAAGCUGAAGGCUUCAAGUCCAAAAGAGAAGGCAGCUCGAGCUGGAGCCAAACUGUCCGUGCACACUUUCCACAAACAUCCCAUUUCUCCCAUACUUCGGGCUGGUCAGUCACCCCCAACAAGAGAUCACGGCCCUGGGCAGCUGGACUGUAACAAAGUGACUCCCCUGAGCCAUGAGAUCCAAAAGCUGCAAAAUGAGCUGGAGGUGUAUAUUCAGAAAGUCGAGGAGCUAGCCAACAGAGGUGACCAAAAACUCAAAGGAGAGAAAGCAGAGGAACCACUGGAGCCUGAAGAGGAAAUAAAGCUGGAGAUGCGGAGACAGAAACAUGCAGCUCGCUCAGGACGUAUGAUAUAUGUCCUCAAACAACAGGUGAAAGAGAUUCAAGACGAUAUUGCAAAACUCAGAAGCCAGAAAAUGUGGGACGUGAAAAAGUCCACGGCAAUGAACAGGCUUGCAGCUGCCCACCGUGGGGCACUCAGGGCCUUGCAGGUUGUUAUCCACCAGCUCUCAGAUCUAUCUCAUGGAAAGGUUCCCUCUCACUACAGGGAGCUGGGCCAGCUGAUUCGCCAGCUCUCUUUGUGCUCUGCCAAAGUUGAGGUGGAGCAGGGAUCAGCUGUGCCCCAGACGGCCCUUGACAUCCUGCAGAAACUAGAGGUUUUGGAUUCUGCCCUCAGUAAACAAGAGAUGCUGGAAAAGAAGCAGGCUCAAGCAUGUCCUCCACGCAGGAAGUCUCCUCACCGCAGCACGUCACCUACUAGGGCACCCAAGGGUCCCAGUACCUCAUCUGUCCGAGGGCCUCGCAGGGCCACAAAUCCCAAAAGAGGUUUCCAUGCAGGGAGGAGGAUGGUCGCACAGAAGCCAAAAGCUCCGUCUCAUCAGCUCAUGAACAGGAGAGAGGUGCUCAGAGCCGGCCUGGAGAGACUCGCCCAACAGAGGGAGCUGAGAGAGCAGCCGGCACACGCUCAGAGAAACACAACCUGCAGGAGAGGAGGGGCUGCACGCUCUGAGAGAACCAGAGCUGACAUUAUAAUGAAGCGUAAUCAGACUGUAGAAGCAGGUUUCCAGCAGCCCACAGUCUCCUCUCAGCUGCGUGUGAACCAGCUCCCUCAAAAAGAGCAUUCUGUGCCCUGGAUCCCCACAUCCCCUCACUCUCCUCCUCCUCCACAGCGCAGAUCCCCUCAAAGGGGAAGACCAGAGCCUCGCUGUCUCUUCUCUCCCUUGAAGCUGCCGGAGAGUCCUCCGAAGCAGAAGUCUGCCGCUGGGUUGAGCUCAGAAACUAAGAGACGAGCUCAAAAUGAAGCGUUAAGGGAAGCGUGGAUGGAAAAGAUGACCAUGCAGCGACUGAGAGAGCUCAACCAGCUGAGCAAAGAGGAGGCUGAGCGCAUUCAGACAUUAAGGUCAGAAGUUGUGUCGCCGACUCGAUGGGCUGAGCAAGCUGAGCUGAAAGCCAGAGAGAGGAUUCAGCCGCUUCUGGAUGAAGCUCAGAAGAUCAGUGAGACCAGAACCAGGAUCAGCCCAUCAUUGAGAAAUCGGCUCUCCGAUCAGGCCGCAGAGAGGGCGGCAGAGAGUGCGGAGCAGCUCAGCGAGGCCCUGCUGGAGGAUCUGUUGGAGGACACUGCGUGGGCAGCGUGGGCAGCUCAGACAGACAGGCAGUUGGAGGGUGAGGCCCAGCGUAGGCUGCAGGCCCCCACCCUGGAGAGUAUGCUGCUCCGGAUGGAGGAGAUACAGAGAGAUCAGGAGGAAGUCAGGAGACGAUUUGCUUCCAUCACCUACUCAGACCCUCUUUACUGGGAUCAACCAAGAGCAGCAGGACCCCUGUGUCAUAUCCCGGGCUCCAGGCCAGCCUCCCCUCAGCCUAUCAGGCUCACAAGGCCAGUGCUGAAUCAGAGCUCUGCAGCUGAUAUUGUCCUAGAGAAACCUGUGGAGACUGGCGUCCUCUUUGAGAGCAGCCUGUCGGAGGAGGAGGCAUCCCAAGAUGAACAGCGGCCCACACACAGCAACGUGUUCCUACCAAGCCCAGCGGAGCGAGGCAGAGGGACUGCUAUCACUGUGCCAGGCGGCAUGCUGGGAAACAUCCGGAGAUACAGGGGAGACUACGAGGCCUACCUCCGCGUUGUGGCACACAAGGAUGCAGGCAGCUUCAAUCCCUGGGCCAUCGCUGACAGCCUGGCAGACGAGCUGCUCUCGGAGGCUGUGGCUGACGUGGCUGCAGAGUUUCAGGACAUGGUGGAGGAGUACGCUGAGGCUGUCUUCACCUCAGAGUUUCUUCAGCCCAUCCAGUCACCUCCUGCUUCUGCUGCGGCUCUGGUCAGCCAAUAGGAAGCUGAAACACAGUGGCUUGGCUGAUUUUGACAAACUGCUACAGAGAAAGUACGAAAGUACAAAGGACCAUUCAAGGAUUGUUUGCUUUUUUUGAGUGGAUAAUUCGAUUUGAAAUAAAACUUUUUUUUUUUUUUUUGUUAAAUAUCUGUGCAUUAAGAAGUGGUCAUGGAUCAAAAUGUGCUUUUAUUUAAUCAUCAUCAUGAUUUUUGUUAAUAAAGCUGCAAAGCUGCAGACAAGAUAGUUGAAUUGCACCGGGAGCAUGAGUCACAUUACUCUUUGUGGUCGGUCUGUAGCUGUGAUUGAAUUCCACAGGGAAAGUUAGUUGAGUUUAGAUAAGCUUGGAGAGACCAUUACGACAGUACAGGGGAUUAUAAGAUUAUCGCCCUCCCGUUGCACUUGAUUUAAAUCUCCCUGAGGAUUACUUGCACUUUCUAUUUCCACGUUGGAAUAUGGAAAUAAAUUAAUUGCAUACGGUCUCCAACAAAAUGAUGUAGGAAGCCAAGAGCAUCAUGUGUUUAAUCUAUUGUGACUGGAUUUCCUCUUUCGCUUUAAUGUCUAAUAAAAGGGUGAAAGCACAGUAGGGAAGCUUUUUAUCCGUCAGUGUUUAAUGUGAGUAAAGGCACGAGUGAGAACAUACUGUCAAUUUGUUUCAUGGCACUUUACAGUGAGCUUUUUGGUGCUGUUCUUUAUUUCUUCCAACAAGUUUAUUCUGUUGCAGCUGACCGGCUGAAUCCUGUAUCAUAAUGGCGUUAAGUGUCAACUGUAAAUGCAAAACAAACAAGACAGACUUGGCAGAGCAAGAAAGUGUUGAGUCCCUUGAGAGCAACAUGAAAGCUGUGCGGACAGAGCCGAGGGGACACAUCCAGAUGUUGUGCUGGCCUGGGGGGGAUCAGCCUCUGACAGCAGACAUCCACACUGACUGAGUGAAUUAGCUCACAUUGAAUCAGCUGCCCAGCUUUUCUCUCAGGCUGCAUUUCUGCGUGGGUGUUGGUAUAUAUGCAGCUUUUCACAGGCUCCAGCUCCAUGUAAAUUCCUUCUUUUCCAUGAAGGACAGAUAGAAAUCAGCUGGCUCAAAGCAAGGGGGGGAGUGUUGUCAUCUUUACAAGAACACGAAGAAUCAAUGCCGUUCUGACAUUGGUAGACAUGAAACUGUUAAUUUCAGAGGCUAAUUUCUAAUUAUUUUUCAUUGUUAUGGUUCAGAAAAUCUUUACAGUGUCUGGCAAGUGUGUCAUUUCAAAGACAAAGCCUGAUAUAUUUUCUUUUCUGCCUCCUCAGCAGGCACCACUUAGCGUUGACUGUGAAACUAUGCUGUCAGCAAACCACAGAGGAGUGAAAUCGGUUUUCUGCUUCAUAUUUCUUUAUGCAAAUCCUGCACUGUAAUAAAGCCAAUAUAUGACUUAUAUGUA